UUCUCUCUCCCUGUGUGUCUCGCUCCCUCCCUCCCCUUUUUUCCUCCUUCUCUCGCUGCCCUCUCUCUCUCUCUCUCUCGUCCGCUCACUUCUGCCUCAAUAUGUCUCAAGAUGGCGGCCAAUGUGGGAUCGAUGUUCCAAUAUUGGAAGCGCUUUGAUUUACAGCAGCUGCAGAGGGAGCUUGACGCCACAGCGACGGUCUUGGCUAACCGACAAGAUGAAAGUGAACAAUCAAGGAAGAAACUUAUUGAACAAAGCCGCGAGUUCAAGAAGAACACACCAGAGGACCUGCGCAAACAGGUAGCUCCGCUACUGAAGAGUUUCCAGGGAGAGAUUGAUGCGUUGGGCAAAAGAAGCAAAGAAGCAGAGGCGGCGUUCCUGAAUGUCUACAAGAGAUUAAUUGAUGUCCCAGAUCCGGUUCCAGCUCUGGAUCUGGGGCAGCAGCUCCAGCUGAAAGUCCAACGCAUGCACGACAUUGAAACCGAAAACCAGAAGCUUCGGGAAACUCUGGAGGAGUACAACAAGGAGUUUGCAGAAGUGAAAAAUCAAGAGGUGACGAUAAAAGCACUUAAGGAGAAAAUUCGGGAAUAUGAGCAGACCCUGAAGAACCAAGCGGAGAACAUCGCUCUCGAGAAGGAACAAAAGCUGCAGAAUGACUUUGCCGAGAAAGAAAGAAUGUUGCAAGAGACGCAGAAUUCGACUGCCACUAAACUGGAGGAGGCUGAGCACAAAGUGCAGACGUUACAAACAGCCUUGGAGAAGACGCGGACAGAAUUAUUUGACCUGAAGACAAAGUACGACGAAGAGACGACGGCAAAGUCGGAUGAAAUUGAGAUGAUCAUGACGGACCUCGAAAGAGCAAAUCAGAGGGCAGAGGUAGCUCAAAGAGAAGCCGAGUCCUUAAGGGAGCAGCUUUCAUCCGCUAACAAAUCUCUCCAGCUGGCUACCCAGAUCCAGAAAGCGCCAGACGUGGAGCAGGCCAUCGAAGUGCUGACGCGGUCCAGCUUGGAAGCCGAACUGGCUGCGAAGGAGCGCGAAAUUGCUCAGCUGGUCGAAGACGUGCAGCGACUCCAAGGCAACCUCACCAAGCUCCGGGAGAACUCCACCUGCCAGAUCUCCCAGCUUGAGCAGCAGCUGACAGCCAAGAACAGCACGCUGAAACAACUGGAAGAAAAACUGAAGGUGCAAGCGGAUUAUGAUGAGGUCAAGAAAGAGCUGAACAUCUUGAAGUCAAUGGAGUUUGCACCGUCGGAUGGCUCCAGCACCCAGGAUGCUGCGUCCAAACCGUUGGAGGUUCUGCUGCUGGAGAAGAACCGCCUUCUGCAGUCGGAGAACGCCACGCUGCGGAUCACCAACAGCGACCUGAGCGGGUCAGCCAGGAGAAAAGGGAAAGACCAGCCUGAGAGUCAGCGUCCUGCAACUUUGCCGGCCUCCCCUCCUCCUCAGUUGCCCCGCAAUGCAGGGGAGCAGGCUUCCAAUACUAAUGGUACACACCAGUUCUCACCAACGGGUUUAAGUCAAGACUUUUUCAGCUCGUCCUUGGCAAGCUCCGGCUUACCCCUGGCUUCUACGGGAAAAUUUGCACUAAACUCUCUCCUCCAGCGCCAGCUUAUGCAGUCCUUCUACUCCAAGGCAAUGCAGGAAGCGGGAAGCACAAGCAUGAUUUUUUCAGCAGGUCCCUACAGCACAAACUCCAUCUCUUCCCAAAGCCCCUUGCAACAAAGCCCCGACGUCAAUGGCAUGGCCCCCUCGCCCAGCCAGUCGGAAAGCGCCGGCAGCGCCUCGGAAGGCGAGGAGAUCGACACGGCGGAGAUUGCGCGGCAGGUCAAGGAGCAGUUGAUCAAGCACAAUAUUGGACAGCGGAUUUUCGGACACUACGUCUUGGGGCUCUCGCAGGGCUCCGUGAGCGAGAUCCUGGCGCGGCCAAAGCCGUGGAACAAGUUGACCGUGAGGGGCAAGGAACCGUUCCAUAAGAUGAAGCAGUUCCUCUCCGACGAGCAGAACAUCUUGGCCUUGCGCAGCAUCCAGGGGCGGCAAAGAGAGAAUCCAGGCCAGAACCUGAACAGGCUAUUUCAGGAAGUACCGAAACGAAGAAAUGGGUCGGAAGGCAACAUCACCACCAGGAUCCGAGCCACCGAGGCCAGCUCCGACGAAGCUAUCAAAUCCAUCCUAGAGCAAGCAAAAAGGGAGCUGCAGGUACAGAAAACAGCUGAGCCAUCUCAGCCGCCUUCCACCUCGAGCAGCGGCGGUUCCGACGAUGCCAUCCGUUCCAUCCUGCAGCAAGCCCGGCGAGAGAUGGAAGCCCAGCAGGCCGCCCUCGAACCCGCCUUAAAAGCGACUCCGCUGACCCAAGCCGAAAUGUCCCUCUUGUCCCCCAAACUGAUCCCCACCCCUGCCCUUUCGUCAGUCCCCAGUUACUCUCCUCUGGCCAUGUCCCUGAAAAAGCACUCAUCCUCCUCUGCGGAUUCCAGCGUCUCCUCCUUGCAGGCUCUCCCCGGUCUCAAGAAGGAGACCCCUGAGACCCCCGUCCUGGAUCUCCACGGGAUUUCCGAUUCCACGCAGGGCAUGCUGAGGCACGUUAAAAAUGAACUGGGGCGCAGCGGGGUGUGGAAGGACCACUGGUGGAACACUGUUCAGCCCGACAGGAGGAGUACGGCACCUCCGGAAGACCCCAAAGUGGAGGAAGCCGCCAGCGGGAAGGAGAAGUCCUGCAGCCAGACCCGUUCGGACCGUAGCCAGCAGCUCCAAGGGCCCUCCUCUUCGGAGUACUGGAAAGAGUGGCCCAACGCUGAGUCCCCCUACUCCCAGAGCUCAGAACUGAGUGUCACAGGGGCGAGUCGCAGCGAAACCCCGCAAAACAGCCCCCUUCCUUCCUCCCCCAUCGUCUCUUUGUCGAAGCCAUCGAAACCUUCCGUUCCGCCAUUGACUCCGGAGCAGUAUGAGAUUUAUAUGUACCAGGAGGUGGAUACGAUAGAGCUCACGCGUCAGGUCAAAGAGAAGCUAGCCAAGAACGGCAUCUGCCAAAGGAUAUUUGGGGAAAAGGUGCUGGGCCUCUCCCAGGGGAGCGUCAGCGACAUGCUGUCCAGGCCGAAGCCGUGGAGCAAGUUGACGCAAAAAGGCCGCGAGCCUUUCAUCCGCAUGCAACUGUGGCUCAACGGCGAACUGGGACAAGGAGUCUUGCCCUCCCAAGGGCAACCCUCAGGCCAAGUCCUUCACUCUGUGUCAUCACUGCAAGAUCCCCUUCAGCAGGGAUGCGCAAGCUCAGAAAGCACCCCAAAGACCUCUGCCAGCUGCAGCCCUGCUCCGGAGUCUCCAAUGAGCUCCAGCGAGUCAGUCAAGAGCCUGACCGAACUGGUCCAGCAACCCUGUCCCACCAUAGAGACCAGUAAGGAAGGCAAGCUGCAGGAAUCCAGCGAGCCGUCGUCGGCCGGCGAUUCUCAGUCUACAACCCCGUUGCCCCUUUCCGGUCAUUCGUCGCUCAGCAUCCAAGAACUCGUGGCUAUGUCCCCAGAACUGGAUACCUAUGGCAUCACCAAGCGGGUCAAAGAAGUGCUCACGGACAACAACCUUGCGUGGCUGACAAGCCCAAAACGCAGCAGAAGAGGCAAGAAAUGUACCCCAAACUAUGCAUUAGGUCAGCGUCUGUUUGGGGAGACGAUCCUGGGACUGACGCAAGGCUCGGUCUCCGACCUCCUCGCUCGCCCCAAGCCCUGGCACAAGCUGAGCCUGAAGGGCCGGGAGCCGUUCGUCCGCAUGCAGCUCUGGCUCAACGAUCCCAACAACGUGGAGAAGCUGAUGGACAUGAAGCGCAUGGAGAAGAAAGCGUACAUGAAACGGCGGCACAGCUCAGUCAGUGACAGCCAGCCUUCGGAGUCAACUUCAUCCGGGAUCGACUACAGCCAAGGGGCCAGUCCGCAAGCGCAGCACCAGCUGAAGAAGCCCCGGGUCGUCUUGGCCCCGGAAGAGAAGGAAGCUCUGAAGCGCGCCUAUCAGCAGAAGCCAUACCCAUCACCAAAAACCAUUGAGGAACUCGCCACGCAGCUCAACUUGAAGACCAGCACCGUCAUUAACUGGUUCCACAAUUACAGAUCUCGCAUUCGUCGGGAGCUGUUUAUUGAGGAAAUCCAAGCGGGGGGCCAGGGCCAGGUUGGGGCCAGCGACUCUCCUUCGGCUCGAAGCAGCCGGGCGGUUCACAGCUCCGAAGGAGACAGUUGCGAUGGGGUGGACGCGGACGGCCCGCCCGACGGAAAGCAAGGGGGCCUGGAAAGCGACGAGUACAGCAAUGCAACCACAAAGUCUCAGGGAGGACGAGCAGCGUCGGCUUUCGAAGCGGGGGAAGAGGCACUGCGAGACGCCGGAUCUUCGGAGAAGACGGAGACAUUCCAGCCGGGAACGGAGAGCCGGGAAGACACUGACGACGAGGGCCGGCUCAAAGCGCCGCGCCAGAGUCCUCUGCCUGGCUGUCGACAUUCAGGAGAAACUCUGGGGCCCACGCCAAACUGUGCUCCGGAAGAGGAUGAUGCCUCUACCUCAACGGCCUCCACCUCAGUCCUUCCGGGGGAGAGCUUGUGCAAGUCCAAGGAGGAGAGCGUGGAGAGGAUUCCCAUUGUGCCAAGUACCAGUUCCACGCUGUCCGCCGGCGCUCAGAAAGCCAACUCCCUGGAGAGUUUGUUUGGCUUCUCGGACGCGUCGGCGUCGUCGGCGUGCUCCAAGAACGCCCGGGACAACACGCUGAGGAAAAAGAAGGCUGCAAACUUGAACAGCAUAAUCCACCGCUUGGAGAAGGCUGCGAGUCGAGAGGAGCCUGUGGAAUGGGAGUUUUGAGAUUAAGCUCACCCAACUCCUUUCCGGAGCUUGGGGAAGUUAAAAACUUGGACCUCUUACUGGUUUGAAUUCAAUGUCCCGCACUUAACCGCCCUGCAGGCCACGGGGCCAAAACGCCAUAGGCCAAGGUGCAUAUAUACAGAACGAAAGGAGCGUUUCAGCCCGGUUUUAUGUUUUGUGCUUUUUUUGAGGAAGAGAAACUGAGAAAAACAAAUCAUGGUUGUAGUCCAGCUUUUUUGUACCCUGAAGUGUUUCUAUGAAUUGCCCUAAAGUGAUUUCCACCGUUUCUGGGGAAGAAAAAAACACAAAAACUCACACAGCUUUUGCCUUCUGCCCUCCUCCUCUUUGGUGCGGGCCUUAAAACAGAUGUAUACAGAAAAGAGAAACCCACGUUAUUUAAAAGGGGGGCUUUUUAAUCCGCCAUCUAAUGGCUCAGACAGAGCGAUAAUAAUAAUAAUAAUAAUGCGCGAUUGAAACGAAAACGGAGAAAAACAAAAAAGACGGGAGGGGAGGGUGGCUUUUUUUUGAAGAGAGAUAAGAGAAUAAGGUGUUUUUUGUAGCCGUUCAGUUGCCACUAAGAGAUUGCACAGUCCGCCCGACUCUAAACACACUAGUUUGAAUUCCUAAAUAUUUUCAAGAAAGUAAAAAAAGAAAGAAUAUUGUUUGAAACUUGGGGUUUAAAGAGAGAGAGAGAGAGAGAGAGAGA